UCUUUCCCCUCCUCCCACCAUUUUUCCUCCGAGCACCUGAUCUCUCUCGUCCGUCGCCUGAAGACUGAAGAAGUAGCAGAAACACUUCAUUUCCCCUCUAUAAUCGCAUAAGUAACUACACUUCAACUCUCUUCCUUAAGCGAUGGAAGUUGAGAGAGUGUUCAUCGGAGCUGGCUGCAACAGAAUCGUCAAUAACGUUUCCUGGGGAGCUUCUGGUUUGGUAUCCUUCGGUACCCAAAAUGGAGUCGCAAUCUUCUGUCCAAAGACUGCACAAAUUCUAACUACCCUUCCAGGGCACAAGGCUUCAGUCAACUGCACUCACUGGCUUCCAAGCAAUAAAUUUUCUUUCAUGGCAACGAAGUUGAAACAACAUUAUUUGCUGUCUGGUGAUGCCAAUGGCUGCAUCAUCUUGUGGGAAUUGUCUCUUCCAGAUAAAAAUUGGAAGUACAUCUUACAAUUGCCAGAAUCACACAAGAAAGGUGUGACCUGCAUUUCCGGGAUUAUGAUUUCUCAAACCGACGCGAUGUUUGCUUCUUCUUCUUCUGAUGGCACGGUUCAUGUGUGGGAACUUAUCUUCCCAUCUAUGUCUGGAGGAGACUGCAAAUUAUCGCUUCUGCAAUCCUUUUCUGCCGGUACAAAACCUAUGGUUGCGGUUUCACUGGCAAAGUUACCUGGAAAUAAUGGACGAAUAGUGAUUGCACUUGGAGGAUUGGAUAAUAAGAUUCAUCUUUUCUGUGGAGAGAGAACGGGACAGUUUGUUCGUGCUUGUGAGUUAAAAGGUCAUACGGAUUGGAUCAGAAGUUUGGACUUCUCAUUACCAAUAAAUUCAAACGGUGAAACAAAUAACCUUCUGUUAGUAAGUUCAUCGCAAGACAGAGGCAUAAGGAUAUGGAAGAUGGUUUUACAGAGCUCUUCUGUUGAGAGGUCACAAGAAUUUAGUUUGACAUCGUUCAUCAAAGGUCCAAUCUUUAAAGCAGGCUCGAUGUCUUACCAGAUAUCGUUAGAAUCUCUUCUGAUUGGUCACGAAGAUUGGGUUUAUUCAGUUGAGUGGCAGCCACCUUUAUCAGUUGAUGGGAUUGAAUGUGAACAACCACUAAGCAUUUUAUCUGCAUCAAUGGAUAAAACGAUGAUGAUCUGGCAACCGGAGAAGACAACUGGGAUAUGGAUGAAUGUGGUUAUUGUUGGUGAGCUAGGUCAUUGUGCAUUAGGGUUUUAUGGUGGCCAUUGGAGUCCAAACGGGGAUUCAAUAUUAGCUCAUGGGUAUGGUGGGUCUUUCCAUCUUUGGAGAAACGUGGGUUUUGAUUGCGACAACUGGAAACCUCAGAAAGUCCCGUCUGGACAUUUUGCUGCUGUGUCUGAUAUUUCUUGGGCUAAGUCUGGCCAAUAUUUGUUGUCAGUCAGCCAUGAUCAGACAACUAGAGUUUUUGCUACUUGGCUUGACGAACUUCAUUCAACAAACGAAGGAGCGUGGCAUGAAGUUGCUAGGCCACAAGUUCACGGUCAUGAUAUUAAUUGCGUGACGAUCAUCAAAGGAAAAGGAAACCAUCGGUUCGUUUGCGGGUCUGAGGAAAAAGUUGCUCGAGUGUUUGAAGCACCCUUGUCCUUCCUUAAAACAUUGAAUCACGCCUGCUUAGACAAGUAUUCUUCUCCUGAUGAUGAUGUUCAAACCAACCUUCAGAUUUUGGGUGCUAAUAUGUCUGCCCUUGGCUUAUCACAAAAGCCCAUUUAUGUUAAUGCCACAACUGAGAUCUCGGAGAGAACUACCAAUGAAGGGAUGGAUACACUCGAGACGAUACCAGAAGCAGUUCCGGUUGAAUUCACCGAACCUCCGAUCGAAGAACAGCUGGUUUGGCAUACACUUUGGCCCGAGACGCACAAACUUUAUGGACACGGAAAUGAGUUGUUUUCUUUAUGUAGCGAUCAUGUGGGAAAGAUUGUGGCUUCGUCAUGCAAGGCCCAAUCUGCAUCAGUGGCGGAUAUCUGGCUAUGGCAAGUGGGCUCAUGGAAGGCGGUUGGUCGGUUGCAAGCUCACAGCUUGACAGUUUCUCAGAUGGAAUUCUCUUACGACGACAAAUAUCUUUUGGCUGUUUCAAGGGAUCGCCACUUCUCCGUUUUCUCCAUUGAACAAACAACAGCUUCAAACGAAAUCAGUUAUGGGCUUGUAGCCAAGCAAGAGGGACACAAAAGAAUAAUAUGGACAUGUUCAUGGAACCCAUUAGGCCACGAAUUUGCAACCGGUUCGAGGGACAAGACAGUAAAAAUAUGGGGGAUAGAAGAAAACAGUUCUUCGGUUAAGCUUCUUGUAGCAUUGCCUCAGUUCAGCAGCAGCGUGACAGCAUUAUCAUGGGCCAGCAUAGAUAAUGAGAAACGCGAUGAAGGGAUUCUUGCGGUUGGGAUGGAAAAUGGGCUGAUUGAAUUGUGGAGGACUUCCAUCAGUAGGACAGAAAACGGGAUCGGGUCGGCUAAGAGUGCGACAUCAGUUGUUGCCUUACGGUUUGAUCCAUUUGUGUGCAAUGUUUCAUCUGUGAACCGUUUGGCAUGGAGGAAUUCAGAGAUGGAUAUGGAUUCGAGAACUAUGGAGCUUGCUUCUUGUGGAGAUGAUCAUACUGUGAGAGUCUUCAGAAUCAACUUACUCUAGUCUAGAUUAUACACUUAUUUAGACAAUUUGCUUCUUCUUAAUUUAUUUUUAUGAGAAACUUUAAGAUCCUACAGUCUUGGUGUA